UCCCCUGCAGACAACCUGUCGUACAUCGAGCACAUCUUCGAGAUCUCGCGGCGGCCCGACCUGCUGACGCGCGUCAUCGAGUACCGCACCACCGUGCUCAAUAUCUCCGAGGACGACGAGAUCGACACCAAGCUCACGCGCAUCCCACUCGCCGGUACAUUUUCAGACAUCAUCCGCCUGCCCUCUGAAGCCGAGAUCAUCAAGUUGGCCCCCCCACCUAAAAAAGCAUGAGGU